UAGGACGCCAUCAAUGGGCGUGCACUGUACAUGCGCACCUUACCGCAGCAGCUGACGACGUCCGACGUUUCCUCCGACUGUGUAUUUUCAAUUGUUUCUAAUCAAGCAUUCCAAAGAAAAACAGAUUCAUGACAUCUUUUCUGUCAUAUAACUUACAUGCAAGUAUCACGCCACUUAAAUCUCAAAACCUGAGGAUUGUAAACUGUGUUAAGAUUGAGAAAAAAUAGACAUGUUACGGACUGCGCGAAGCUUGUUGAGGUGUACGGGAAGACACUUGGCAGAGAGCGCCUGGAUUCCGGGGGAGAAUGCGGUGAAGAACCGCUCGGUUGUCAGUACUAGACCUAGUCGACAAUGCUCAACUACCAAUGGCAGUCAUGAACAGACCGAGAGCUCCAAAACACCUCAACGUGCUGUAUUGUAUGUACCGGGCCAUAGUGAGAAGAUGUUGAAGAAAUUGACUGAUCUGAAAGUUGAUUGUGCAGUGAUGGAGUGUGAAGAUGGAGUUGCAGUCAAUAAGAAGGCAGAUGCCAGAGAGACGGUAUGUCGAAUGCUGGAUUCUUUAGAUCUACCCCUGGUCACUGAUGUAGCCGUCCGAAUCAAUUCAAUGGAGAGUGGGUUUGCAGAAGAUGACCUGACAUCAAUCCUCAAGGCCCAAAGACUCCCAGACACACUCUUCUUCCCUAAGGUGGAUUCAGUGGAACAUAUUUAUUGGUUGGUGAGGCAGCUGAAGUCUAAUUUGAGAGACAGAGAUGUGACUUCACCACUCAAGGUCAUCAUCUAUGCAGAGAGUGCCAUCGCCCUAUUGAGAUUACCAGAGAUCAUCAGUGAGGCCUUGGAGCUGUUUGACUCUGAACCUUUCUCUUUGGAUGGUGUGGUCUUUGGGUCGGAUGAUUACUGUGCUAAUAUAGGAGCCACGCGGUCACAAGAUGGAAUAGAGCUCCUGUAUGCAAGGCAGAAGGUGGUCUCAGUAGCCAAGGCAUUUGGACUUCAGGCUAUUGACAUGGUUCACAUAGAUGUUAAAGAUCAAGAGGGUCUUCAGAAGUAUUCAGAAGAAGGUGCCAUGAUGGGAUUCACGGGUAAGCAGGUGAUACAUCCCACCCAAGUGUCUAUAGUCCAGCAAGCAUUUAGUCCUAGUCCAGAGAGGAUAGAAUGGGCAACAGAACUCCUAGCUGGCUUCCAACAACAUCAACAAACCGGUCAGGGUGCGUUUAUGUUCAGAGGGAGUAUGAUCGACAUGCCUCUAGUCUUACAAGCAAGGAACGUCAUGGAGUUAGCCAAGAUGGAUAACUCAUCAACGAGCUGACCAGGGUGUAUUCACAUUCAUAAAUCAAUCUGAAGAAGCAAUGGACCCGUGGCAUCAGCUUGGACUCUUAUGCCACGUUCACACGCACCGUGAAACUUCAUGAAACUUUGAAGUUAUAAACAACAAUCAACUCACAACCUAUGUGUGUGUGUGUUUGUGUGUGUAAUUGGUAUUUUUACAGACAUGUAUCAAUCAGAUAUGAUUAUCUACGUCUGGGGACCGACCUUUAACGUCACGAUGUAAAAGACGUCACUUAGUUUCGAAUUGGGUCGCCUGAGCCAGUAUGUAGGCGAAGACAGAGAGCGGACCAAGUGAACGUGCCGCUAGACCAACUCACAUCUCCCAACGGCGGAAAGGAUUAAUUUUAUUACUUUAAGCUGAUGUAACCUUGAAGUUGAUUGCAUUCACACCGCAUAAAACUUAAAGUGAGAGCCCUAGACCUUCUGCUGGACGUAGUUAUUGCUCUAACCUUAAGAUCUGUUAUGGUUUGGAACUUUCAAGUGAGCAUAAAGUUUUGUAACCAUUAGAGUGUUUCACAAAGACUAAGAUUGACUUUAAGAUGGACUUAAUUACUCAAUUACAAGGGACAUACAAAUCAUGGUCACAUAUCUACAGAAUUUACAUUUUUUGAUAGUUCAUUAUUAGAGGAAAAAAAUAUUAUCUAAAGAUUUUUAUUGAGAGACCAAUGGUGAGAGCAAACGGUGGCAUGAAUGGCCUGCCAUAGUUAAGUCCAACUUAAAGUCGACCGUUCUGCACAAUCCUCAACUACAAGAUGACUUUGAAGCUGAAAACCAUGACUUAAACUUGAAGUUAAUAGACUGUCUUGUGAAUCUCACUUUACAUAUAUUUCAUACCAAAAGAAGAAGGUGUGAUUGAUUUUGUUCCAACUCUCUAGAAUGGAUCGACACCUGUUGCAGCUUUUUUCUUUAGCAUGAAGUAGAGUCCAACCUGCUUUAGUGACCACCUGGAUAGAAAGACCACCUACUUCUAAAGACCACAUUUCUUGUCUCUCUUCAAGAAUCUUUACAUACAGGUUUGACUCUACAAAUCAUGUGUCUCAUAUCAGUCCAUUCUCUUUUUGUUGCUUCCAUCUCACUCACCGAAUAGCUGUACUUUUAAAAGUACCAUUUUAGACAUUUUCAAUUCAAAACACAGUUGAAAAUGUAUCUGUAUAGUUAAAAUGUGACUUUCUCUACCUGUAGAUUAUCUUAUGAGCUAUUUAUUAAAAUGUAACUUGCAUAUUCAUUCUUGUGUGCCUUGAUUGAAAGUUUCAGAUGUCAGUGCUUUAUAAAUUUGUAUAAAAUGGGUUCAAGAAUGUAGCCAAUGAGAAGCGUCAAAAUGGAUCAUGUUACCAUGCAUUAUUUUUUACCAUAUGCAACAAAUAUGCAACAAAAAUGCAUUAUGCAUGCUGCGUGUAAUUCAAUGCAUGUUUACGAGAAGUCCCACCAUACAUGGCACAGUUCUGUUUUCUAGGCCACUGCUGCCGGGAUCGUCUGUGUGCACACGUUAUUUCUUAUGAAGGUUGCAGGUUUACAGUGUUAUCGCCUCGUUAAGUAAGAUUGCCAACACAUUUUAUAAAAAAAUAAAUAUUACACAGGUUUUUGUUUGUGAUGUUAUGGUCGACGCAGCGCAUGAGGGUAUUCACAAUGGCACAAAUACACUCGGCUACGCCUCAUGAAUUUUAUUGCACCAUAGUGAAUACCCUUGUAAGCUGCAUCGACCAUAACGCACUCACACCUGUGUAUUAUUCGUAUAAUAUAUUAUUAUGUGAAAAUGAGAGUGGUUGAGUGGUGCAUAAAUCUAUGCUUAAUAAUCAAGUCCUAAAUUACUAUUUUCAUGCAAAGGGAUCGCAGUUUGAAGGAAAGUUUACACAAAAGAUAUUAAUUAUCCACAAAUGCCCUCUCAUUUUUAACAUUUCAUUCAUUCUUUGCUUUUGUUCAUCUUGCCAUCCAUAACACUUUGGAGUAUGUCGUAGGCAAAUAUAAGCUCAUAAAACAUACAAGAUUUAUAGACACCGUGAUAGUCGUACUGAACAUUGUGUCUCCAGUAAACAAAUAAAAACAUUUGAAUUUUUUAAGGAAAUAUUUGAAUUUAUAAUAUAUAUGUUAAUGAGAUCAAGGAUCACUGAAAUAAUUUGUUUCAAGGAUUAUUGUUGGGUACAAGAUAAUAUGUAUAGCAAUGUACCACUAUGUUUCAGACUUUGAUAUAUAUGGCCUGUACGGACGGUUGUUUUUUAUUAUUUUGUUUUGUAAAUGGGAUAGAGGUCCCAUGAUAUCAUUCAGUGAUCAAAAUCAUUUUGAGCAGUAGUCCGAACAGAAAAGUGUGCAGUCAAAAGAAUACUUAACUCAUUGCUUAUGAGAAGUGAAUGACUGUUACGAAAGCCUAUAGUAACAAGAGAUUUAAAUCAUUUCAAUUUGAGAUAGUGUUCGUAAUGCUUGCUCUUUCAUUAGAUACGAUUAUGAAUAAAUCAGAAGAUGAAACUUA